UCACGACGUCAGAUUUGGAUCGGAUUGGACCUUUCUAUUGGAGGUGGUUGCCAAGGUCCAUUUCCCUUCUGAUGACUUGCUUCUAGCUGACUAUUAUCGUGGGCUGGAGGUCCAGAGGCUUCUUUCCACUUCUCUCUUGCACAUCCUCAGGAUGAACUAUACAAACUUCAUUGACUUGUCCUGUGAUGAAGAAUCUGAGCAAACAUAUUUUGAAGAUGUUAAACCUAUUUUUCCUUUACAAAUUAGUUCUGGUAAAAGUGGAUGUUCCACAGUAAAUGAUCAGUCACUUCAUAGAGGUGUCUCUUUAAAGCAAGAACUUGAGGAAAGCAGAAGUUCUACUAGUGGUUCCAGCAUAAUAGAUCAAGGGGGUCCUUCAGCUAAUAUGAUUUCUCUGAACUUUGCCUCACCAUCUUCUCCUGUUCCUCUAUGUCGACAAUUCUGGAAAUCUGGAGACUAUGAAGUUGGACAAGCUAUUUCUUCCACAUCUGAAAAUGGUAGAAAUCGCCUGCGCAUCCAUCCAAAAUUCCUUCAUUCAAAUGCAACUUCACACAAAUGGGCUUUUGGUGCUAUUGCAGAAUUACUUGACAAUGCAGUUGAUGAGGCACAAAAUGGAGCAACAUUAGUUACCGUAGAAAAAUUCAUAAAUUCACGUGAUGGAAGUCAUGCUUUACUUAUUCAAGAUGACGGAGGAGGAAUGGAUCCAAAAUCUCUGCGUCGGUGUAUCAGCUUUGGUUUUUCAGAUAAACAAUCAGGACUCUCGAUUGGCCAAUAUGGAAAUGGUUUCAAGACAAGUACCAUGCGGCUUGGGGCAGAUGUAAUUAUAUUUAGCCGUUCCAAGAAAGAAAGGGCAUUUACUCAAAGUAUAGGGCUCCUUUCUUACACUUUUCUCAGGGAGACAGGUUGCGAUGACAUUAUUGUACCAACUGCUGAUUAUGAAUUUGACGAGCUGACUAAUUCAUUCAAGAGAUUAUAUCGUCAUGAUGAGAAACAUUUUUCUUCAAAUUUAUCAACGAUCUUGGAGUGGUCACCAUUUAACACAGAAGAUAAAUUGUUAGCACAAUUUAUUGACAUAGGGCAUCAUGGUACAAAGAUUAUUAUAUUCAACUUAUGGUUGAAUGAUGAUGGGAAUAUGGAGCUUGAUUUCCAGUUAGAUGCAAAGGAUAUUAUGAUUAGUGAAGCACAAAGACAAGUGCAGAAACAUAAACAUGACAGUAAACAAAUUGCAAAUAGGCUACGUUUUUCUCUUCGAGCAUACAUAUCCAUCUUAUAUCUACGGAUACCACAAAAUUUCAGGAUAGUUUUGCGUGGGGAAGUUGUUAAACCUCACAACAUAGCUAAUGAUCUCAUAUAUCGGGAAUGCAUAUUGUAUAAACCACAAGCAUGUGGAGUUUCAGAGGCUUCUAUUGUCACUACCAUUGGAUUUCUAGAUGGCGCUCCAAAUGUUAAUGUCCAUGGAUUCAAUGUCUACCACAAGAAUCGCCUUAUAUUGCCUUAUUGGAAAGUUGCAAAUAAUUCCUAUGGAAAAGGCAGAGGAGUUGUUGGUGUGCUUGAGACAAAUUUCAUAAAGCCUACUCAUGAUAAGCAGGAUUUUGAGAAGUCUGCCCUUUACCAAAAGCUUGAGAGUCGCUUGAAAGAGAUGACAUAUGAGUAUUGGGAUCUUCAUUGCCAUUUGGUGGGCUACUAUAACAACAAGAAGCCUGCAGCACCAAGACCAUCUACUGUUGUUUGCCAGAUGCCUCAGUUGGGAACAUCUAGCUCUUUAGAUCUGGUUGAGACUAAGGAUUUUACACCAGCUAAGCUGGAGAGAACCACUCUCAUUACUGCAUCCACACAACCUAUAUCCUGCAUAACACCUACAGACUUAAAAUGUGAUGGUAGCAUACAGACCAGACUACCACUUAAAAGAAAGAAUGAAAAUCAAGUUGCUGCCACGCGAGAAACAAAAGUGCAGAAUUUAUCUAAUCCAUUUGGAUCUAGAAGCACCAAGGCAACCAAAGAUUCCGGUUCUGGCGUGCAACCAAUUCCUGAUAUUAAAGCAAUGAUUUUAAAAAAUAAGGAGCUACGUGAUCAGUGCUUGGAGUACGAAGAGACAGAGAAACAACUUGUGCAAAAGGCGAAGAAACUUAGAGCUGAGCUUCUAGAGGUUUUAGAGGCAUACAAGAAAUUGCUGAUUGAUGUCAUACCAAUUGAAGAUGUUAAAACAGAGACACUGUAGAUCAUUCUAUCUAAAGCACGUCUAUUAGUUAUCCUCUAAAGCACGACCAUGAUCCAUUAUAAACUGCCCAGAAUCUUAAAAUGUUCUUGGAAAGGAUGAGUUCAUCUUAUGUGAAAUAUUCACUUGCAAAAAUUUUAGAUGCAGAAAAGGUUGUUCCGGCUGAUAUGUUGUAAGGCCAUUAUUCUCAUGGCCGAUAUGUUGUAUGAUCAUUAUUCUCAUGUAAGAUGAACCUGUAAUCUGGCUACCUUGUGCUUAUUUGCUGUUGUAAUUUGUAAAAGUACGAGUAUAGUGGUUUUAGCAUUCCAUUGAUUUCUUUUGGAAGAUCA